GACGGGGGGCGGAGCGGAGCGGCCAUGGCGGAGGCGGUGGCGGAGCCCGGGUCUGUCCCGCUGCUGGCGGCCGCCCGCCGGGCGCACGGAGAGGCUUUCGGGGGGGCGGCGGUGCUGGCGGCGUGGGCCCCCGGCCGGGUCAACCUCAUCGGCGAGCACACCGACUACAACGGCGGCUUCGUGCUGCCCAUGGCCCUGCAGCUGGGGACGGUGCUGGUGGGAUCCCCCACGCAGGACGGGACCAUCUCCAUCCUCACCACCUCGGCGGAGGCGGACGAGCCCCACAGGGUGCAGUUCCCAGCUCCCCGCCAAGGCAGCCCUCUGAGCCCGGGGCAGCCGCGCUGGGCCAACUACGUCAAGGGCGUCAUCCAGCACUACCGGGGUGGUCCCGUGCCGGGCUUCACCGCCGUGAUAGCCAGUGACAUCCCCCUGGGCGGCGGCCUCUCCAGCUCCGCCGCUCUGGAGGUGGCUACCUACACUUUCCUCCAGCAGCUCUGCCCUGAUGACGGUGAUUUGGUAGCCAAGGCACUGGCGUGCCAGAAAGCAGAGCACACGUUUGCCGGCAUGCCCUGUGGGAUCAUGGACCAGUUCAUAUCUGUGAUGGGCAAGGAAGGCCAUGCGCUGCUCAUUGACUGCAGGUCCCUGGAGACCAUCCUCGUCCCGCUGACUGACACCAGCUUGGCCGUCCUCAUCACCAACUCCAACGUGCGGCACACACUGACGGGCAGCGAGUAUCCCACACGCCGGCGGCAGUGCGAGGAGGCAGCGUCGGCGCUCGGCAAGGCCAGCCUGCGAGAUGCCACCAUGGCUGAGCUGGAAGCGGCCAGGAGCCGUCUGGGCGAGGAGGUGUACCGGCGGGCCAGGCACGUCGUCGGUGAGAUAGCACGGACAGUCCAGGCAGCGCAAGCACUGCAGGACAGGGACUACAAGACAUUUGGGAGGCUGAUGGUGGAGAGUCACAACUCCCUGAGGGACGACUACGAAGUGAGCUGCCCGGAGCUGGACGAGCUGGUAGCGGCAGCUCUGGAGGUCGAUGGGGUUUACGGCAGCAGGAUGACCGGGGGAGGCUUCGGAGGCUGCACGGUGACAUUGCUGGAGGCUGGGGCUGCAGAGAGAGCCCAGCACCACAUCCAGGUACGCGGCAGAAAAGUGCUGGGAGAAUUGACUCAAAGAUCCCAAGGAAACACUCAGGGGCAUGGCCCGGGGACGCUGUUGGAGCUGUGCUCCUGAGGCACUCAGGGUUGGCGUAGCCCAUCUGGUGCCGCGCAGGGAUAGCCCCAGGUCUGUCGAUGCUACUAAGCUCUUGCAGUUCAGCAUCGUGCUGGUCGUGCAGCACUGCCCAAGGACCUUACUGCAUUGAGAAAGUGAGCAAAAAGGUGCUGGGUGAGCUUCAGGAAGGCUAACUCUAUCUAGGGAAAAGCAAUCCAAGCUAAGCUUAGGCAAUGCUGAGUUUAAACCGGCACUUACAGCCCGGGAAAAAUCUCAGUGCUGUCAUCAAUGUUCUCUAAAUCAGCAGCUCAGCCUGCGCCAGGAGCUGAAAAUGCCAGCAAAAUGGGGGUGUCAGGAGAUGGGGGCAGUGAACGAGGCAGCGCCUUAUUUCGCUGCUGUAUGAGAUCAUGGUGAGCCCUGUAAAUAGUGGGGGGGAUAAAGAAGGGGCAGAGGAAGGUGUCCAAAUGAGGAGAGACUGAAAGGACGCUGCCUCUGCCAUCUGACGAGAAGCUGGGAGAGAGGGAACGUGACCAGGAGUUACAAAAGAGCGAAGGGAGUAGAUCGGGUGAGUGUGGAACUGACCCUCGCAUCCUCCAAAAUAAGAACCAGCGACCGCUGGGUGAGUGAGGAGGGAAACAGCGCCAAGGAAGCCCUGCGCAGGGCUGGCGGUGAGUUUUCUGCUGUCGCCAGAGGCCGUGGAGGUUGGCGGCAUCAGCAGGGUCAGAAAGGGGUUGGAAAAAGUCACAGAGAAUAGUCCCUGAGGGGCUGCUGGAGGCUGAGCUUGGGGAUGUGUUGAUAGCCUCCCUGCCCCAUGCUGUGGACGGCCCAAGGGACCCCAGGCAGUGGCCAGGACAGCACGCUGUCCCCCCAAAAAAACAUCUGGAGGGGCAGCUGGGCCAGCUGCACGGCUGGGCUGGCCAGCAGGGCCCCAGCUCCAGCAGGUCUUGCCUGCACCAGCCCAAAAGCACCCCCCAGCCCAGGCACUUACUGC